CUCGUAAUUCCGGUGGGCAAAUGAGCAUAAAAAGGUGGCCAUUCAAUACCAGCGGGUCUUCCCGCGUUCCACCGUUUCCAGCGAUACGUCACCUGCGAGCUCGAAUCUCUUCACCUUUGUUACCUCCACCUCAACGGAGCUUCUCUUCCGACCUUAACGUCACCUCUUUGAUUACUCUACAACCCCCCGUACACUUCUCCGACAAAGCGAUCGCCUAGGAUAUUACCCCGCAGUCUAAAGCACCACGUCCAUCGGUCGCCUCGAUCGCAUUCUUUCACCUUCCAUCCACCAACCCCAUCGAGUGCCGUGCAACAAUGGGAUCUUCCGAUCUAGACCAGCUCAUUGAAAUGGGCUUUGACAAGGAGAGGGCAGAGUUCGCCGUGGCAAAGAGUGGUGGUCUGCAAGGUGCGCUGGAAUGGCUCGAACAGAACCAAGACAAAUCCAUCGAAGAGAUCAAAGCGACUGCAUCCAACGACGCUGAGGAGGAGGGCCCCCCGUUGCAACCGGGCGAGGAGGCGAGAAGUCUGGUUUGUAACGAGUGUGGCAAGAAGUUCCGAAGCCAUGCACAGGCCGAAUUCCACGCCUCCAAAACCCAGCACGUCGACUUCGCCGAAUCUACCGAGGAACUGGCACCAUUGACCGAGGAGGAAAAGAAGGCCAAAUUGGAGGCGCUUCGGGCGAAGUUGGCAGACAAGCGAGCCGGACAGUCUGAACAAGAUAAGGCCGACAAGAAGAGAAAUGAGGAAAUCCGAAGAAAGAGCAACAAGGACUCGCAGGAUGCCAAGGAGGAGCUCCAGAGAAAGCAGCAAAUGAAGGAAGCGGCCAAAAAGAAGAAGGAGAAGCAGGAUGAUAUCGAAGCCAAACGACGCGUCAAGGCCAAGAUCGAGGCCGACAAGGAAGAGCGUCGUUUGAAGGCCGAGCGGGAACGAGCAGAGCGAGCUGGUGCAGCGCCUCCUGCGCAACCGGCCGCUGCUCCCUUGGCCACCACCUCCGGCCCCGUUGCAUCCAAACCGGCUUCGGCGUACACGGAAACUCGACUGAGAUUCCAAACGUCCAAGGGAAACGUCAUGAAGACACUCCCCGUCACCACCACUCUCUUCGAGGUUGCCUCGGCUUUGGAUCAAGAGGAUGGGAUCCAGGUACAGAGCUUUUUGCAGACAUUCCCGCGGAAAGUGUUUGACCAGGAGUUCUUUGGGGAGUCUCUCAAGGACCUUGGUCUCAUCCCCAGCGCUAGUCUCGUAAUCCAGUGAUUUCCGCUGCUACGGGCCAGUGUUACAUCAAGUUACAAUGAGAGAAACUUUUUUUAUGAGAUUGAGA